UCCUAGCCUGAGCUUAGCUAAUGAGUCGAGAAUAAGUGAUGAGAAAACAAAACUCUCCAGUAGCGAGCCCAGCGAGGAUAGAAUGAAGGUGGAUCCUAAAACUAGGAUACCACCUCAUCUAGACUACAGGACCAUGGAGUCUGAUGAUCGGAACAGAAAGACCAAGAUAGAACCGGAAGUGCUAGGGCCGGACUACAGGGCCGCUGAUGACCCUGGUUACUACAAAGAAGAUAAUGUCAGUAAUGACGAAGUUACAUAUACUGAUGUAAGUGAGUAUAGUAUAGUUGACUAUCCAAUAAUUGGGAAGAGAAAGAGGAAGAAGAAAAGGAGGAGGAAGCGUGGAAUGCCCACAUCAGGAGGUGCCUACAGAUCAGAAGUGGGGUGUUUCGAGUGUUUCGUUAUGAUAUUCUGCCCGUGGAGGUGGGUCAGCUCCAGAUAAGCAUUGCAGAUUGAUGAGAAAGAUAAUAUCAUUAUAUUGAUAUUGUCAUAUUUUA